AUGAUGAGAUCUAUUCGAGGUUUUGGAAAUGUUGGACCGGGGAAUAAUGAAGUUAAUAACUCUGAAAUGGAGGGUUUUUGCCGUUGUGUUGAUCAAAUGUUCUCAAAAGUUGAUGCGCUCGAGCAACGAGUAAAUUCAGUUGAAAGUUUCUACGCGAAUAAUAAACAACUGAAUACUGCUAAAUGCAGCUCAAUUUUAAAGGAUAAAAUCAAGGACAAACAUUUGAUGACCAUUGAGAAGCAACAGCAAGAUUCUGAAAAGAGAAUGCAAGACCUCAUGCGUCAGUUUGCAGUCUUAUUUCGCCAGGCAAGCAAUUUGAAGUUUCCAGAUCUAAAGAUUUCAUGGUCAAAUUCCUGGUCUGAUGAUCUUGUUUGCGGCACUGAAGUUUUAAUCUCUAUGAAAGGUUUUAAAGAGAUUUCCGCAAGUAAGGCUGGACUAGGAUCACAACCUGGGAUCACUCAGCACAAGUGGGCUUGGCCUUUUAUGGAACCAGUGGAUGUUGAAGGUCUUGGUUUGCAUGAUUAUUAUGAGAAUGACUUGUGCACCACUUUUGUGAGAGAGAAAAGGCUGCUAUGGAUGACAGCUGGUGUCUCCAAUGCACCUGGAAUUGUUGGUUGGCCGUAUGACAUUCUAAGUUCUACCAGUCAAGAGUUGGAGAGGUGCAAAAUAGGAUCUAAUUAA